AGUGUUUAUGACGAGCCUACUGAGCUUGCGGGCCCGGACGUGAGAUAACUCUCCGCUGAGGAUGCCGGGCCUGCCUUCCAUGGCGGUUUCCUGGAAGCCGGGGAGUAUCGAGCCGCUUUCCUGGGUGGGGAUGUACGGGGCUCUUCUGCUUCAACCACGGGCCAGGGGUUUGCGACCUUUCUAGUGAGAAGGAGGUUUCAUUCUGCCAACCCCACCCCCCUGCAAAUUUUGACGGUCUUUCAUCUCGCUCUUGAGAAGUUAAACUUAGCGCUUGACGUUUCCCGCCUUUGAAGGAAGAAUUUUCAGUCACUUCUAACGUAAUAAAAAAACCUUUAAGUUUAUACCAUGCAUAGCACCAAGGAGAAGAAUGACAACAACAAAGAUGACCUUCUGCUUAGGAUGGGACUUAAUGAUAAUAAAGCUGGAAUGGAAGGAUUAGAUAAAGAGAAGAUUAAUAAGAUUAUAAUGGAAGCCACAAGGGGGUCCAAAUUUUAUGUAAAUGAGCUCAAGAAAGAAAAGCAAGUCAACCAACGAAUUGAAAAUAUGAUGCAACAAAAAGCUCAAAUUACCAGCCAACAGCUAAGGAAAGCCCAAUUACAGGUUGACAGAUUUGCAAUGGAAUUAGAACAGAGCCGGGAUCUGAACAAUACUAUAGUGCACAUUGACAUGGAUGCUUUCUAUGCAGCUGUAGAAAUGAGGGACAAUCCAGAACUGAAGGAUAAACCCAUUGCUGUAGGAUCAAUGAUGAUGUUGUCUACCUCGAAUUACUACGCAAGGAGGUUUGGUGUUCGUGCAGCCAUGCCAGGAUUUAUUGCUAAAAGACUCUGCCCACAACUCACUAUAGUGCCCCCAAACUUUGACAAAUACCAAGCUGUGAGUAGAGAGGUUAAGGAAAUACUUGCUGAUUAUGAUCCCAAUUUUAUGGCCAUGAGUCUUGAUGAAGCCUACUUGAAUAUAACAAAGCACUUACAGGAAAGACAAAAUUGGCCUGAGGACAAAAGGAAGUAUUUCAUCAAAACAGGGAACUCUCUAGAAAAUGGUAAACCUGGAGAAGAAGUGAAUAAAGUGAGUGAGCAGGAGCGAUACAUCCCUCCACUACUCUUUAAUGACAUUCCUCCUGAUUUGCACCCCCAAGGAAAUCCUUUCCAAGCAAACUCUGAAGAGCAAAAUAAUCCUCAAAUACUCCAAAAUGCGAUUGUUUUUGGAACAUCAGCCGAGGAAGCCGUAAAGGAAAUUCGUUUCAGAAUUGAGCAAAAAACAACAUUGACAGCCAGUGCAGGCAUUGCCCCAAAUACAAUGUUAGCAAAAGUAUGCAGUGAUAAGAAUAAACCAAAUGGACAAUACCAAAUUCUCCCCAAUAGAGAAGCUGUGAUGGAUUUCAUCAAGGACUUACCCAUUAGAAAGGUGUCUGGCAUAGGAAAAGUUACAGAGAAAAUGUUAAAGGCCCUUGGAAUUAUUACGUGUACAGAACUCUACCAACAGAGGGCAUUACUUUCUCUUCUUUUCUCUGAAACAUCUUGGCAUCAUUUCCUUCAUAUUUCCCUGGGUCUAGGUUCAACACUCCUGGCAAGGGAUGGAGAUAGGAAAAGCAUGAGCGUUGAGAGGACAUUCAGUGAGAUGAGUAAAGCAGACGAACAAUAUAGCUUGUGCCAGGAACUUUGCAGUGAACUUGCUCAAGAUCUGCAGAAAGAAGGAUUAAAGGGUAGAACUGUUACCAUUAAACUGAAGAAUGUAAAUUUUGAAGUAAAAACUCGUGCAUCUACAGUUUCAUCUGUUGUUUCUACUGCAGAAGAAAUAUUUGCUAUUGCUAAAGACUUGCUAAGAACAGAAAUUGAUGCUGAUUUUCCACAUCCCUUGAGAUUAAGACUUAUGGGUGUACGGUUAUCUAGUUUUCCCAAUGAAGAAGACAAGAAACAGCAACAAAGGAGCAUUAUUGGCUUUUUACAGGCUGGAAACCAAGCUCUGUCAGCUACUGGGCAUAUGCUAGAGAAAACUGACAAAGAUCAGUUUCUAAAACCUCUAGAAAUGUCUCAAAAGAAGAGCUUCUUUGAUAAAAAGCGAUCAGAAAGGAAAUGGAGCCAACAAGACACAUUUAAGUGUGAAGCUGUGGAUACACAAAGUUUACAGACAUCAGAUUCAUUCCAAGUUUUAAAGAAGAUGAACGAGAAUUUAGAAACAUCAGAGAAUUCAAAUAAGUCUCAGAUAUUUACCUGUCCCAUUAGCUUUAGGGAGCAAGGAAGCAUCAGUCUGGAAGGCUUUAAUAAACAAGUAGAUGCCUGUCUUGAUGGACCUUCAAUUAAUGAAGACCAUAAAAUGUUCUCAUGCUCACAUGCUUCCUCUACAGAAGUUAACAGGAAAGAAAAUGUACAUCAUUCUUUUUCACUCCAUGAGAAGCAGGAUUAUGAAACCCAUCAGAAGCAUUCAGGAAUCAAUUCAGUAGAUUGUGCAGAGCUAGUAGAGACUAAAGGUAACCCACCUAAAGCAGAAAGUGUGGGUGCUUUAAGUGAUAAGCACAGCAAAGAGGAAUGUGCUGUUUUUCCAAGAGAAUCGUUUAAUAGUGAGCAACAUUAUCAGAAUUCUUUCUCUACUGUUUUACUGGAAGAUAUGGGGUCAAGUCAGCAAGAAUCCCCCCAGCCUUAUUUACCUGAAGUGAUAAUAACCCAAGCUCUAGUUUGUCCUAUUUGUAACCUGGAACAAAAGACUUCAGAUCUUACCUUGUUCAAUAUGCAUGUGGAUAUAUGCUUAAAUAAAGGUAUUAUCCAGGAACUGAGAAAGGAUAGUCUAGCUAAUCAACCCACAAAAAGCACCAAAAGUACUGAUACCUCAGGCCAAGUACAAAAGACUGCAAGAAAAACAAAAAGGCCAGGAAUGUACUCAUCGUCAAAGAAAGUAAAACCAAACAGACCCAGACACACUCUUGAUAUAUUUUUUAAAUGAAUAUUGAACAUUUUACCAUGGAACAUUUUAUUCUUACUUGAAACUUGUUACUUUAUAGUCAACAAAUCUCUAGUUCUUCAUUAAGUUUACAAAUUCAUUUAGUGAAAGACAAGUGCAAUAAUUCCUUCCCAAAUGACAUUUCCUUCAUAUGAAUUUGGAAUAUAGACUAGUUUACUUCUUUACACAUUUUGGAUAACCAAGAGAAUUUCACUUCUAUUAUACAUCAAUCAGAAAUCAGUCCUGUUACAGAUCAUUUUAAAAUGAGAAAUUAGGAAUGAAAUCAGAAAGUGAUUUUUUUCAUAAUUACAUUUUAUAAUAAAUAUAAAAACAUAUUUAUAAGGGCUCUCAGAGGUUCUCACAAACCUAUGUUAGCAUAAUAAUAUUUCAGCACUUAACCACUUUGUUGGCAUUGGACUGCUAUAUUUGAUUUUGGUAACUUCUACAACUUCAUAUAUUCGUAGUUUACCUCCUGGGAUAUUCAAAUACCUUGUGAGCCUUCGUAAUUAAAAUUUAUUCUAAGUUCUAUGAAGAAUAUUAGCUGGGCAGAACAAGCCUGAAGGUUUCAUUAUCUUCAGGAAAAUGAUAUCACAGUAUUAUCUUCUGUGUUAAAAGAGUUCUUUAAAAUUUGAUUAUCCCUUUUAUUUUUUUAUUUAGAAUUCCUUUAUGAAUAAGCAUGUGGCUCACUUUAACAAUAUUUAGUGUAAGAUUCAAGGUGUUAGUUUGUGUAUAGGACUUUUAAGUGGUGGUAUUUCAUUUCUUGACAGUUAUGUUUAUACUUUACACAGAUCUAUACAAAAGGAUAAAUUGUAUGCUCACUUUAUUUUUAUUGUAACCCUUUAGAAAGAAGUAAUUCAAAAGAUUAAUGUGUAUUAAAGCAUCUCAUUCAUCUUAGUUAUAUUUCUAUCACAUUUUUGUUAAUAUUAAUGAAAGAAGAUAGCUUAAUAGAGAUCAUUGUAGUUACUGCAAAUACUUUUGUGCUAUUAAUAGAAUUUUUUUCAAAAAACAAUUAAUUUAAACAUGAAAUGGAAGCCAUUUUCUGUUACUCCUUUAAAGAACUGAAUCUUUUGCCUCAUAUUUUUGUUGUCUCUUUUCCUACUUUUCAUAUGUUAUAGCUCAUUAUCUGAAUUUAUAAAGAAAUAAUAUUUUAGGAAUAGGUUAAAUUAGAAUCUCAUACAGCUUUUGGCCAAAGUGGUAACUGACUUUAAAUUAUUGUAUUAUUAUAUUUAUUAUGCCAGUCUCAGGCCUAAUUAUUAUCAUAUGCUAUGGCAAGUUCAGAGUUCUUAUGUGAUUUAUAUAUCUCAGUUCUGUACAAAAUUAAGUUUAGUAAAGCACUGAUUUAAUGUCUUGAAAAGUUAAUAGUAUCAUAUUUUGUUUUUUCCAUCUUGCCUCAGAUUUAUUUUUACUGUAUUUUCAACUUUAAAUAUGAAAUUAUUUUCAGCUACGUGAUUCAUGUAAUUGAAUGUUAUCGUUUAGUAAUAUUUAAUAAUAAUUUAAAAUAAAAUUGGAAGUGUUUCAUUGAUCUUUUAGCCAAUAAAAAUGGUUUUCUUACUUUUCUACUCUUUUCCCACCUCUGAUUCUUUGUCUUUGAUUCUCUUUGCCCCGAAUUCUCUCCACAUUUUCUUCUAUUUAAUGUAUCCAACUUAUUUACUUUUCAUUAUGAUUUUGCUUUGGGGUAUUUUUAGGAAAUACAGCAAAACUACAAAGAAUAACCACCUAUGAUCUUAUCUACUUAGAGGGUCAGAACAUAGGGAACCACCUGAGAGAACAUAUUUGCAACACAUUUAACUGGCCCAAACUAGUAUCCAGAAUAUAUAAUCCAGAAGGUAAAAAUGACUCCUCUGUAUUAGUAAGAAAGAGACAGAUAGCCAAUAGAAAUUUGGACAAAAGACUUUAAAUGCCACUUUACAUAAAAAGAAGUCCAAAUGGCCACGAAAUAUGAAAAAUUCUCAGCCAUUUUAGAAAUAGGGAAAUAAAAAAUAAAACCACAAAGAAGUAUCACUACAUCCCUACCAGAUUCACAAAAAUGAAAAGAUCCAAUGAUAUUAAAUUUUGGUGAUGUUGUGGAGCAAUGUAAACUCUACUUUUGAAAACAAUCACUUUGGAAAACAGUUUGCCCUUCUUCAAUAAAUUUGAAGAUAUGUACACUUAACCUAGCAACUGCACUCCUAAAUAAACACCUUUGUUGGUUUUCUUCCAUUUGCUCUCCAAAUUACUGGCCAAAUUAUUGGCCCUUGGCCAUGCUUUUGUCUAGUAAGGGGCCAUGGCAAUGGGGAAACCACUACAGGAGAUUACAGGGAGGAAAGCAGAUGAAGUUGGGUAUUUAUUCCCACAUGUAAGUUUGGUAUGAUCAUCUUGAGCAGGUUAGGUCCCUUGACCGAAGGUCACAACUGUUUUUUUUUGUGUUUUUUGUUUUAAUGUUUAUUUUUGAGAGAGAGCAUAAGUGAGGGAGGGGCAGAGAGAGAGAGACAGAGACAGAGAGACAGAUGUUCCAAAGCAGGUUCUGCACUGAGACUGAGUGUGCAGAGCCCAACAAACUCACGAACCUUGAGAUCAUGACCUGAGCUGAAGUCAGAUGCUUAACUGACUGAGCCACCCAGGUGCCCCUAGUCACAACUUCUUUAUACUGUGUUCUCUGCUCUCUUCAGUUUCUGAUAAUCCUUUCCUUCCCUCACCCCAUCAGCCUGGGAGUGGCAACAGAGCCUUGCUCUUAUUAGUUUUGGGGUGCUGCGGUAUCUUUUGUGGUUCCCCCACACCUUUGUAAAUGGUCCUUAAAUUCAUCUCACAAUACAAACGUUUUUCCUGCCCAGAGCCCUAACUGAUACAAUGUCUUGGGGAAAAUAUUGAACAUGUUCCUUAGGAAGUAUGUACAAGAAUGCUCCUAGGGUCCCCUCCCUACGGAAAAUAAAAAAACAACCUCAAUGCAACCUGGCUAUAA